GCUGGUGCGCUGUGUCCCUCGGACACAGUGGAUCACGGAAAGAGCCGAAGAUGUGUCCAAUCACAGCUGAUCACUGAUCAUCAGGGCACUGAUGAUCAGUGUGCCCUGAUGAUCAGUGUGGCCCCAGAAGUGCCACUUGUCAGUGUCCAUCAGUGCCACGUGCCAGUGCCCAUCAGUGCCACAUCAAUGCCACAUAGUGCAUACCAGUGCACAUCAAUGCCACAUAUCAGUGCCCAUCUGAGCUGCCUUUCAAUGUCACCCAUCAGUGCCAGUCAGUGCCACCUAUCAAUGCCAAUCAGUGCCACCUAUCAGUGCUGCCAAUCAGUGCCACCUAUCAGUGCCAGUCAGUGUCGCCUAUCAGUGCGCAUCAGU